AUGAGGAUGAGUAAAGUGGAAGUGGAGGAGAGCAUCAUGUCAUACCUGUCGCAGAGCGAGACUGACACUAGCCCCACAGACUUGAAUGUGGUUGCCAUGCUCCAUCACUUCUGGGAGCAGAGGCAGACAGCUCAGUUGAAUGGUUCCUCCAGUGAAUCAGAUGGUUCUGCUGGGGACGCUGCCAUCCAGACAGAGAGCCUGCUGCUGUAUGAGUCUGCACCGUCCCCCGGUCCUCCGUAUGUCUGCUAUGUCACUCUGCCUGGAGGAAGCUGCUUUGGUAACUAUAAGGUGUGUGACACCCAGGCAGAGGCUCGGAGGGAUGCAGCUCGCGUGGCCCUGAUGAACUCACUUGUGAACGAGCUGCCGUGUCGACGCAUCAACCUUCAGUUCAUCACUCAGAGUUUGCAGCAGGCGGCCACAGACAGUGCUGUCUCUAUAGAAGAUGCUUGUGACUCAAGCACCAGUAUAGGAACCUACAGUUUGCUGCUCCACUCCUACAUAGGAAGGACCAUGCUGGAGUUCCAGGAGAUGAUGACAAUUUUCCAGUUGUUGCAGUGGAACGGGACUCUGAAGGCUUUGAGGGAAAGGCAGUGCUCUCGGCAGAGUGUGAUUUCCUAUUACUCUCAGCGAGGACUCGAUGAGUACAUGCGCAGCAGCAUGGCUCUGGAUUGGCUUGGACGGGAGCAGAGGUCACCAGGGCUACUCGGGGAGGAGCUGCAGGUGGCACAGAGGGAGCUGGUGUUGGCCCGCCGUCGAGGCAUUGAGCUGCGCUUCUACAAGGAAAAGACAGAGAUCCUCAGCUUGGCCCUGAGUCAGGCAUACAUUCACCACACACCUGAGGCCUUCAGCGAGGCGCCAAGUCACACAUACAAGCAAGAACAACUUCCUUUACACACAUUUUACAGCCAGAACACAGGAGUCCAGAUAACCCCACCCUGCAGUCCAUCAGCAACCCUCCAUAAAAGCACAAAACAAACAGUGUGUCAAACCUCUGGUAAAUAUAUGCCCUCCUAA